UGAAUGUUUUCAGCACUUUUUUGAGAGCCAAUUAUCUGCUUCUGUGUGAGUCAUGGAGAUCAUUUAGGCUGGUAACAUGCACAAGGCAACACUGGAGCUUUCUCACAAAGGCUGUGGAAAAUGUAAAAGAAUGAAAUACUUUAUCUUAGGCAGGUGAGAAUAUAAUGUUCAGUAGUGGCAAAUUUCCUCCCACAAUUUGCCUGGACUUUUGAAAAAUACAGUUUAUGCUGAUGAGAGGAAUGAGAACAAAGAAGUGUUUGCCCUUUCAAGAGACACAUCAAUAGUGGUCUAAAGGAUAAGCAAUAUAAGCCUGAAAAUAAAAGAAUGCCAAUGUUCCUGGUCUGAUCAAUAGGGUAUAAUACAGCUCAAUGGACUAACUUUGAAAGGAGCCAUCAGCAACUACAUUUCUGUCAUGAGGCUGCUGUGGAAGUACUUGGAUAAAAUGAGGUGUUUUCGGAAGCGCUUGACUAUCCCUUUUUUGGGGAUCCUUAUUACAUGCCUCCUAUUUGUAAACCUGUAUAUGGAGGAUGGUUAUGUUUUGGAAGAGGAUAAGAGGCAGCUACGGGAAACACCAACACAUCAGCUUAACUCAGAAAGAUAUGUCCACACCUUUAAAGAUUUGUCUAACUUCUCAGGUGCAAUAAAUGUUACCUAUCGCUAUCUUGCUGGUUCACCAUUACCUAGAAAAAGAUACCUAACAAUAGGAUUGUCAUCUGUCAAAAGAAAAAGAGGAAAUUAUGUACUAGAAACAAUAAAAUCUAUCUUUGAUCAGUCCAGCUAUGAGGAAUUGAAGGAGAUUGUUGUGGUUGUUCAUCUUGCAGAGUUUGAUUUGGCUUGGUGUGAAAGCUUAGUCCAGGAUAUCACAAGAAAGUUUGCCCACCAUGUUAUAGCCGGGAGGCUACUGGUUAUCCAUGCUCCAGAGGACUACUAUCCAGUUUUAGAUGGGCUUAAGAGAAACUACAAUGACCCAGAGGAUCGUGUCAGGUUUAGAUCAAAACAAAAUGUAGACUAUGCUUUCCUUUUAAACUUUUGCAGCAAUCUCUCGGAUUACUACAUGAUGCUUGAGGAUGAUGUCCGUUGCUCAAAAAACUUUUUAACUGCCAUGAAAAAAGUUGUUACCUCAAGAGAAGGAUCAUACUGGGUGACACUAGAGUUUUCUAAGCUGGGAUACAUUGGAAAACUUUAUCACUCCAAUGACCUCCCUCGACUGGCCCGCUUCCUGUUGAUGUUCUACCAAGAGAUGCCUUGCGACUGGCUUCUCAUCCAUUUCCGGGGACUUCUCGCACAGAAGGAUGUCAUUCGUUUCAAGCCAUCUCUGUUUCAACAUAUGGGGUACUAUUCUUCUUACAAAGGAGCUGAAAAUAAAUUAAAGGAUGAUGACUUUGAAGAAGACUCCUUUGAUAUUCCUGAUAACCCACCUGCCAGUCUGUAUACAAAUAUCAAUGUUUUUGAAAACUAUGAUACCACCAAAGCUUAUAGUAGUGUGGACGAGUACUUCUGGGGCAAAUCACCUUCCACUGGAGACUUCUUCAUAAUUGUGUUUAAUAAAUCAACAAAAAUCACCAAAAUAAAAAUUACCACCGGAACGGAUGACCGGCAAAAUGAUAUUUUGCAUCAUGGGGUGUUAGAAGUUGGAGAGAAAGUGAUUGGGACCAAAAAAGGCAAGAAAUGUUCCACUUACAUAACCUUAGGAGAAUUUAAGAAUGGGCAAGUUGAAGCCCAGGAAAUAGAACAUAAAAUUACAUUUGACAUUGAAUGUGUAAGAAUUGUUGUCACAGCCAGUCAAAAAGAGUGGCUGAUAAUAAGAAGUAUAAGCCUCUGGACUACACAGCCACCAAAUCAAUAAGCACACACGACUGACAGCAAUCAUUUCAGCAAGGCAAUAUAUAAGAAAUAUUUAUCAUGCUUUCUAUUUUUUUUUUUUCCUCUGGUGAAUCAUAUUGAUUUUGACUGGGUUAACUCAAAUUGUGUUUAACAGAAUCGAUGGCAAUUUAGUAAACCUAAAAGAAACUUAGUAUAACUAAGAAUUUGACUAGGUUUCUUGAACUAUUACUGCAUAUUCUUCCAUUGAGUGUUAACACAAAUGUUAUAUUUACAUACCUCAUCAGGUAGUCAUUAAAAACCAGUUUACAUACCUGAAUGGCAUUUCAAAAAAUAAACACAUUGAUCUAUUGAGUGACAAAUAAACAUGCACAUCCAUAGAAUACACACACACACACACACACACACACACACAUUGACAUGAACAUAACCAUGUUCAGAUAAAGCCCUGGACCAAUAUUAUGCUUGAUACCUAAAUAUAUUGCAACAUAAAAUGGCACUGUGGGCCUAUAGUUAUUAUGUCCACAUCCAAACUACUUUACUGACUAUCAUGCUUGCUUUCAGUGCAUUGAUCAUGCAACGUGUUAAGAAGUACAUCGAUUCCACUGGUACUAAAUGGCAUCUGUCGAAUCAACAAGAAAAUCAUCACACGUUUAGAUUGAUGAUUUACAACUCCUUUUGACCCUUAACUACAAGGGGUACAUGAGUGCAAAUACUGCUGCGUAACUCAUUUUGCUCCAGCAUCCACGCAAAUAGAUAUUUCUUAUAGGUCGUAUUAUUCCUGUACUUUCUGUCAUUUGAAUAAUCCUGUGUGUUGCCAUAAACAAGUCCAAACAGUGGACAGAAGCAUCAUUAUGUUAUGUUUGCUUUUCUAAUUGAGACAGCUUUUUGUGGAGCAUACUGAUGCAUUUUUUUAUUUGAUUAAAUUCAAUGAGAUACUGGAGAGUUCAUUACAUUGUACAGCACUGUUUGCUUGAAUUUGUUGGCUAACUGCUUGUUUCUGUUUGUUAUAGUGUCAUUAAAUAAGUAAUAGUACUGCUAUGAUGAGAAGAAUAAACUAUUAUGGUAUUAUAUUUUCUUAAUAAAGGCAUACUAAUAAUAAUAAUAAUAAUAAUAAUAAUAACAGGAAUAAUGUACACCCAACUAUGCAUAAUAAUGCUGCAAUUCUAUAGAGUGUUUCUGGUGACAUAUAAAUCAUGAUUUAUUAAUGUCACCAGGAACCUAUGAUACAAUUAUAGCCUUAUAUAAACAGCUUAUGGUGUAUAUUAUUUGUUGUACUUAGGCUUACUACUUAUCAAUAUUAAUCGGUAAAGCUUGUUAAACAUCGAAUUGCCAAAAAAUAUGAGUUUGUCUGAAAUAGAUUUAUAUAGGAUAAACGUCAGUAAAACCACUUGCUAUUUUUCAUUAUUUUGCCAAAAAUAAUCAUUUAGAAAUCAUCUCUAGUUUGUGUAGUUUUUAUACUUGCUGUCUGUCCCGUCUCCGUUCCGCUCUGAAUGCCUGGGGGUCGCUGUCAGUCAUCUCAGUGGUCCGUUAAUACUGUAGUUUCACUGUCACUGUCAUUUCACCCUGUUCUGAGAGAUCUCAUUGACUGAAGCAGCACUAGAAUGUUCUCAUUCGUUUAAAUGCCUGUCAAUCAUCAAGACCGGCACCGAUUGUGCACCUUCAUUUGCCAGCUACAGUUCCUGUCAUUCAAUGCGUCGACUUUGAAAUUAGCGGGUAAGGUGUGGGUAAGCUCUUGCUAUAUAUACACUGGCAGUUACGUGUUAGAUUGAAAAAUGUGGUGCAAGAGGAAAACACUAAAUGAGUAUUGUGCAGAAUACCCUGACUGAAGUGAAAACUGUAAAGAAUCGUGGGACAGGAGAUGAAGAAAAUACCCUGGUAUGUAAACUGUGCAAAGCAGAAUUCACAGAGAAGGCAAACAGAAUGGUUGAACACAUGCAGUCACAAGGUCAUAAAAAUAUGAGCCCAGAAUUGUACAAUGGAAUACAAAGUCGCAAAGUACAAUGGAAGUUUGCUGGUGAAAAUGCAGGAAAAAACGAGAAUCUGGUGCUGGUUUCCCUCAUGAUUUAAUGCAUGCUCUGUGUUUUGAUGCAAUUCCGCUCAAUGCUACUCGCGGAGGGAGGUGUCGUGGAAACAGUAUCUGAGUCCAGCUGUGCUGAAGCAGGAGAACGGGGAAGCUCAGACAAGUAUUAAGUGCAAGUUAGUUCUGUUCAACUAUCUGUUUUGUUCUGUGCAUAUUAUUUUUACUAGUAAAUUUAUGCUUUAAUAGUAUGUGUAAUACACGUUUAUAUGCUGAGUUUUCUACGAUUUAUUUGAGACAAUUGUUUUAAUUGUGUAGAAUCUUUAUCUAUAGAAGUUAUAGCUCAGCUGUGACCAAACAUCAUUUCAAUUAGAACGUUGUUCUAUUAGAAUGUUUCUUGUUGAGUAAUAAAGGGGUUUUGCAAUGUCAUAAAUAGUCAGUUUUUUAAAAGCAUAAAGGUCGAUUUCACCCAUUUUCUGCUUGAAUUGAAAAAUAAAGAUAAAAAACCCUGUCAAUUCUUUCAAAAAUAAACGUCGAUAUUAAUCUUUGAUUUGCCAAAAAAAUUAAAAUUGAAUAGUAGCAAGCCUAGUUAUAAUACAUGUUUUUAUUAUAUAAAUUGUAUUACUAGCAGUGUUUAAUAUUAACAAAUGAAGUAGUAGGCCUAUUCAGAAUAACAUUGGAAAAUAGAAUUCUAAAAACAGAAAACAAGUUUAUUUUUUAACAAUUCAUUUUAAACUAGUCUUUUUAUUAACAUCUUUUGGGGAAGGUGGGCGGGUAAACCACAUGCAUUAUUAUUAAGAAUCGGAGUAGCAAAUUCACUUGGUUUUUUCAGAGGAUGGAGUUGGAUGAUUUCCUGGUCAUGCAAGAGCCUCUACUUUCUGACAUCAAACAGUGGGCAUGUGCCUGAGGUAAUUUCUUACUAAAUGUAUGUCGCUUAUUGUUUUGAGUACUUGCAUUUUUCUGGUCUUUUCUAUACAUUUCUCCAUGUCUUCUGCUGAUAAAACUUUUAAUUGUAGGACACAGUUAUUUGUUUUGAUAUUGACGGUUUAGUUCUGUUCAUGUUAUGGUGGUAGAGUUUGUUUUUAAAUAUCUUAUUAUACACGGGUCUCGUGCCACCCCUGUGUAUAAUACGAGUGUAAAACACUGAAGGUUAUAGGAAAAUUAUUGUCCACCAUGUAUAAUAAUAGUAAUAAUAAUAAUAAUAAUAAUAAUAAUAAUAAUAAUAAUAAAAAUAAUAAUAAUAAUAAUAAUAGUAGCCAUAACUUGGAUACGACUAUUGAAGACAGUUUGUGAUUUAAAGUGAUUUUGAUAGCAUGAUGUAUUACUGUCAUUUUUACCAUUUCCAUUUGAAGGUGAAUCAGUAUCAUAUUUUAACAGAUAAAUUCCACACUAGAAAUACAAAUAAAUAUUACUACAUAUCUAAUUAUUAACAAAUGUGUGUAAAUGACUAGGACAUUUUAUAUAAAUCUCAAUUUGUGCUUUAUCAUCCCAGUAUUUUGGCAUACAAAUAUUUAUGAAUUGAUUAAAAAGAAUCCUGUUAUCUCAAAAGAGAUUGGUUAAGUAAAAUAUUAUUCUAAAUGUAUCCUUAUCUAAUAAUAAUGUGUAAAUGGCUGUUAUUGUCUGUGUAUUUCAUUUGUACCUUGUUUAACUUUAAUUUAUUAUCUUAUUAGGCACUAGCUUUUGAAA